CUCCUUCAAGCGGCAUCAUUUCGCGAAACAUUCAAAACGUUGUAGCCCGAUUUUAGCUUGUAUUUUGUUGCUAAAUUUUAGGAAAAACUCCGUCAAAAUGGUGAAACUAACGCCGGACCUCAUCAACCAGUCGAUGCAGUACAUGAAUCCGUGCCGCGACCGCGAGCUGGAUUUGCGAGGGUAUAAGAUUCCGCAGAUUGAAAAUAUGGGCGCCACGCUGGACCAGUUCGAUACGAUCGAUUUCUCCGAUAACGACAUCCGGAAGCUGGACGGGUUUCCGCACCUGCCGCGGCUCAAGUGCCUGCUGCUGAACAACAAUCGGAUUGUGAGAAUCAGUGACACCCUGGCCGAAUCGCUGCCGAACCUGGAGAGUGUGAUCCUCACUGGAAACAACGUCCAAGAGCUGGGCGAUUUGGAACCGCUGACGAAGCUGGCGAAUCUUCAAACCCUUUCCCUGCUGACGAAUCCGGUUUCGACGAAGCAGCACUACCGGGAGUAUGUGGCCUUUCGGUUUCCCAAUCUGCGCCUGCUGGACUUUAGAAAGAUCAAGCUGAAGGAGCGCGAAGCGGCCAAAGAGCUGUUCAAGAGCAAAAAGGGCAAAGAGCUGCAGCGGGAGAUUAUGCGCAAGGCCAAGCUGGCGAUGCCGGUGCCGGACAAGCCGACCGUUCACAACGCGUCCCCGGCGGAUAUUCAGAAGAUCAAGGAAGCGAUCAAGCGGGCCACGAACCUGCACGAGGUGGAACGGUUAACGCGGAUGCUGCAGUCGGGACAGAUUACCGGCGAUUUUGGCUUAAACGAGCUUAAACUUGGCAAUCAAGGCUGGAGGACGAUGGCACCAGAUGGCCUCAUCCAGAUCGGCUAGAGAUCGUCCCUUUGAACGUUAAUCCAACUCAACUGAUUGCCCAUCUUUUCUAUUCUUCCAGGAAACGGACACAUGGAAACCGAUUAGAUUCGACGUUGACUGCGGCGGUUCUUUCGCUUUGGGUUUUCUCUGGUAACAACAGAUACAAAUUAAGAACAGAUACAAUUACACACUCUUAGUUUAGUUUGGCCAAGAGGGAUGAAAUGAAUUAAAAUACAGCAUUUAAAAUA